GCUCUCCACGUAUUGCAGGGCGUUUUAUCAUGUGUAUUUAGGUUGCUAAUUGAUGUUGAAUUGUUGCACUCGAGUUAUUAUAAAGUUCAAAAUGGGGUCAGUCCAACUAGGCUCCAUACUUCUCUGCAUUCUCGUUUUACAGGAAGUUACUCGGGCGGAGGAUUUGGACCUUCGGGACAAGAGGAAAGCGUCACCUGGUUGCAAGGAGGGUUUUCACCUCCAGAGUGGAAAGACUUCCCGGGUCUCAAUCACUUCGGGGGAUGUCAAACCAGGCAAAAUUUGCGAAUGGGUCAUCUUCGGUGACACCGACUGCCAACCGGAACUGACAUGUUCUGGGAUCAACUUGAAAAAGAGUGAGGAUUGCGGGGAUGAAUAUCUCCUCGUGUCGGACGGUGUCGGCGGAGAGUUGAAGGUUUGUGGCAAGGUGAGCUUCGAUAAGCCCUUGUUGGCCAGUGGCAAGGCACGCGAUCUCUUCGUCCGCUAUCAAGACGGAGACUUUGGAUCCGCACCGUUCAAAUGUGAAGCGAAAUGCUCGGCGGAUCAGGUUGGGCUCAAUCUUCCCAUCAGUUUUGAGAGGAAGGAGCUUUCCCAGUGUGUUUGUGGCCUCCAAAAUCGAGACGAUCGCAUCGUUGGGGGAGAAGACGCCAAAAUGAAUGAAUUUCCGUGGCAGGCUGCCAUCGUGUAUGCGGGAACGAGACAGCCCAAAUGUGGGGCUUCCGUUCUUAAUGAUCGCUACAUUUUGACCGCGACGCAUUGUUUCUGGUUUGACGGGAUGCAAGCCGACGAAGUUGAAGUCCUCAUCCACGCUUAUAUCUUGGACAUGACGAAAAAGGAUAUUGCAAAAGAUGUCAAAUUGGGUGAGAUGGGCUCAAUCCGAGGGUCCGGGUAUAACUUAAAGUUGAAGACGGACGAAGAAGAAAAAACGCAGCGGUACCGCGUCGCGGAAAUUAUUAUGCACCCGCUCUUCACCGAACAGUACGAUUACGACUUUGCUCUGCUCCGCCUUGAAAAGAAGAUCGAUCUGACAGCCUCCGAUUCUCCGACCCCGAUCUGCCUCCCGCCCCCAAAUCUGCCCGACGCCACGUUCGAGGACACCAAUCCUUGGGUCGUUGGAUGGGGAAUGCCCGACGAGAAUGCCGGCGGAACGACGCGUGUCCUCCAAAAGUUGUCCGUCCCCAUCCUCCCGUUAAAAAGGUGUCAAAAAUGGCUCCCCGGAUUGGUCACGCAACGCAUGAUUUGCGCCGGAUUUGAGGAAGGCAAAAAGGACGCGUGCACUGGCGACAGCGGCGGCCCCCUCAUCCUUAAGCAGUCAAACAAGCAAUGGUGGCAGAUCGGAAUUGUCAGUUGGGGUGAAGGGUGUGCCGGAUAUCACAAGCCGGGGCUCUACUCUCGGGUUACAGAAAUGCACCAGUGGCUCUCGUACCAAGCCAAUAAACAUGACGCAAAGUGGUGUCGGGACAAAAAAUAAUUCAGGACAAAAAUUUAUUUUUAUCAAAAAUUUGUACUUGUUUCAGGGAACAUACUACAAAAAAACAAAAAUAUAUUGUUUUCAUCUUCCAAAUUGUAUUAUUAUGCAGAAAACGUCAUUAAAUUACAUAAAAACGUGUCAGAAUUGAAUGGAAGGGAGUAAAGUACUU